AGGCAAAAAGUCAGUAAAAUUUGUAUUGAGAGACCGCAUAUUUGACAUUUCGUUACUGGUUAAUUUUUAAUUGCAUUUUCACCGAACAGAGCUAUUAAUUUUUGUUUGUUUAUUUUCAAGUUUCUAAGCUAAAGUUUAAAAAUAAAUAAAUUUGAAAAGUAAAUUUUGAAAUUGCUACAUUUCUAAAAUGCGGCGUCGUGCUGGUUUAGGCGCUAUCCAGCAACAGCAGUUGGCUGCUGAGAAAUAUAAAGACAAAGGAACUAAUUUACAAGAAUCACAAUUUGAGCAAAUGACUAAACAAAUGGAAGUUUUUCGUAUGAAAUUGGAGGAAUUUGCUGUUAAACAUAAGCAGGACAUUCGGAAGAAUUCUCACUUUCGUAAACAAUUUCAAGAAAUGUGCGCUGCAAUUGGUGUGGAUCCUCUUGCAGCUGGUAAAGGUUUUUGGAGUGUAUUAGGAAUAGGCGACUUUUAUUACGAAUUAAGUGUUCAGGUAGUCGAAGUAUGCUUAGCAGCAAACCAUAAUACUGGUGGUUUAAUGGAAUUGAGUGAACUACGUAGGCGCCUUAUAGCUGCUCGAGGUCAGAGUGCAGUACAUCAGGAAAUUACGAACGAAGAUAUUUUAAUGGCCACGAAAAAGUUGAACAUAUUUGGAAAUGGAUUUGUAGUGCACAAAGUUGGCAAAGGGAAGUACAUGGUGCAAUCAAUACCGGGAGAAUUAAGUUUAGAGGAAACGAAAGUAUUGACGGUUGCUUCUAAUACAGACAUGGGCUUUGUAACACUGCGAAUGCUUACUGAACAUCUUGGAUGGGGCGAAUUGCGUGCAAAGCAAUCUCUUGAUAAAACAUUAAGCGAGGGCUUGUGUUGGGUAGACGAGCAAGAUACCGAAAAUGAGGGUGUCAGCCAUUGGUUUCCUAGUUUGUUCCCUGGUCGUUUUUGAUGGUUAUUUAAUAUAUUGCUAUGCACAAUCCUUGCAUAAUUUAAUUAAAGUAUAAGCAAAUAUACAAAAUGUACACAACAU